GUUAUUAUUUAAAUUUAAAUGAUAAGGUGUUUAUAAAAAAAAAUAAUUAAUUUUACAAUUGAUAGAAAAUGCUUUUUAAAUAAAAAAAACAAAUUUAAUUGACUUUCUAUAAGGUAAAUAUUAAAUUUAAGUCGCGAGUUUGAUUGAGAUAUGAAAAUAGCGCAUGUGCAUAUAACUUUUAUUAGUUUUUAAAGUUAAUACUUCAGUCAUCAUUUUCGCUUACAAGAGAGUGGUUUCAAAAAUUAGCGCGAAUUUUCAUUGUUACAAAUAUUAUUUCAGAAUUUGCGAUAUAUAAUAAACAAAAAUUAAAUUUAUAAAUAGAAGAAUGAGAAUAGAAAAUUAAAAAUGAAAAGUAUAUCAUUAAGAAAAAAGAGUGGAAAGGGAGUAAAAAUUUCUCCGAUAGAUAAAAAAAUGGUAAUUAAAAAAAUUGAAAUUUCUGUUGCCGAUACGUCUAAGAAUGAAAAUAAUAAAAUUUAUCCAUUCUUUGAAAUAUCUGACAAAAAAAAUAUAAAUGAUAAUAAAUUACCGGAAAAAUCAUUCAUCAAAAGGAAUAUAAAUUUGAAUAAAAGAAUUCAUUUUAAACGUGACAAUUCAUUGGAAUCGAAUUCUGAAUAUUUUGCAAAUGCAAUUGGUCUUGUUUUAUUGACGGCACAAUUUUUCGGUCUCUUACCAAUAUCUGGAAUAAAAUCAAAUUUACCGGAAAAAUUUAAAUUUUUAAAAACUUCACCACGAACUAUAUAUACUUAUAUUGUAAUUAUUGGAAGUUUAAUUAUGUCAUUAAUUUGUUUGAUUCACAUGGUGAAAACAUUAAAUACCAGUUCAUUUAAAGUUCAUGGAGGAAUAGCUGAUGCUACAGUGGGAGCUGUAUUUUAUGGAAACAGUUUAUUUGGAACAAUUCUUUUUUUAAAUCUCUGCCCAGGAUGGAUAUCUUUACAACAUGAUUGGAGAGCCAUGGAGGAAUAUAUCGAUAGAGGUAAAGGUGAAAGACCAAAAUUAAGAUGUAAAUUUUCACUAAUAACAGCAUCAAUUUUUAUUCCCGCAUUAAUUGAACAUAUUCUCAGUGUAAUUGCAAAUACACCCAAUGAAAUUUGGGGCAAUUCGACAUUUGACAAAUUUCUUCAAAUUUACACAAUAAAGUCGCAUCCGUUUUUAAUAAAAAAUGUUGACUAUAAUUUUACCCUUGGUCUAUUUACAUUUGUAUUAAGUCGAAUAGCAACAUUCACUUGGAAUUUCACCGAUGUUUUUAUUAUGCUGGUUUCUACCGGUUUGGCUGAAAGAUAUAAACAAUUAAAUAAAAUAAUUUCAAAUAAUACUUCUGCAACAUUUACACCCGAUGAAUGGAAACAAUUGCGUGAAUAUUAUGCAAUUCUUAGUACUUUAGUGAAAAAAGUCGAUCAAAAAAUUUCUUCUAUUAUUUUUCUCUCAUUCGUUAAUAAUCUCUAUUUUAUUUGCCUCCAACUUCUCAAUGGUCUUUCACUUCCUGACGAUGGAAGAAUUGUGAGUGUGAUUUAUUUUUUUGGUUCAUUUUUCUUUCUUAUUGGACGGACAAUUGCUGUAACUUUAUUAGCAGCGAGAAUAAACGAUCAGAGUAAAAUUGUGUUACCCUAUCUUUAUAAUUGUCCACCGUCGACAUUUACUGGAGAGGCUCAAAGACUUCAAGUUCAACUCACCACCGAUGAAGUGGCCUUGACGGGAUUACGAUUUUUUUCAAUUACAAGAAAUUUCAUGCUUGCGGUGGCUGGAGCAAUUGUAACAUACGAAGUUGUACUUCUACAAUUCAACAUGGCUUUAAAACAAUAAAUAGAGAAAAAAAAGUGAUUUUUUUUUAUCAAUCAGUGCUAUUGACACUGAUGGAAGAUAAUUUCUAUCUACACG